UAACCACUCAGAAUCGAAAACAUUUGCUUUUUUUAAGAUUACAUCCAUUGGUUUGGAAAAUUAGGCGUAUAUGAAUACAAAUCGAUAUCAUACAAAAAUAACACAUUUAAAACUUCCGUAUUGCAUUUCACAUCGCCAGGUUACAAUGACUGACCAUAAAAUAAUUGUAACGUUUGCUUUCUGUUUAUUACUUUAAGCUCUCAAUAUUCCUAUCGAUGAUUAGUGGCUCAAGUAGCAAUGUUUAAUGUCUGCGAGUAUCAACAGAACAAAGCAAAUAAAACAACGUCGCUUAGAUUUGUUUCCAAGCUACAUUAACGAGACAUCUACUGCGUCAUUGACAGGAUAGAUUUGCUACAUUUGUGAUCGUAUUCUACUGUAAUGGAAAAAGAAUGGAAUAGUGUUAAUCAAACUACAGAUGACACCGCUUGGUGCUAAAUUUCAAAUCUUUCACAGGGGGAAAUAUUAGCUAUUACAAUAUAUUAUUUCUGUUUUAUGUAAUGACAUUUGACUUCAGUAAGAGGUAGUAGGAGAGAGAAGCAUUUCUGUUUCUUUUCAUUAAGCAGCUGCGUGCUCUGGAACAAAAUUAUCUGAAAAGAAAGUUUUGUGAAAUAUAUUUUUGUGUACUUUUUUAAAGAUGCCUUGAACAAUAUUUAAUUGUUUUUAAAAAUAACUAGACAAUGACGUUUCAUUAACAGCUAAUAAACGUGCGUUCAUUUGUUUAAUUACCAUAUAUUCUUUUUCUGGAAAAAAUGACACAAUAUAUAUUAAACACGAGCACGUGUGAAGCGCUGGGGAAUCACACGGCGGUACAGGGACUAGUUUCGUCAAUAGAAUUGCACGAGACAUUGCUGCUAGUUACAGGAUUUGGAUUAUUUACAACUUUAAUUGCAUUGCUUUUCGUUUGCAUUCGCCGACGAGUUUACAACGACAAGAACACAUUGGACACGGCAUUUGAUGCUGGAGGAAAAGUGAGUGUUGGUCUUACAGCAACAACGAUCGUGUCACAAUGGACCUGGGCUGCCACACUUCUCUAUUCCUGCACUGUAGCGAGUAAGUACGGGAUAAGCGGUCCGUUUUGGUAUGCUUCGGGAGCGACGAUUCAAAUCCUUUUGUUUGCCAUGGUAUCCGUCCAGUUAAAAGUCCGUGCACCUGGAGCCAAGACAUUCCUUCAAGUGAUUCGGGCAAGAUAUGGCGCCACUACACAUAAAGUGUUUGUCUUCUAUGCCCUCAUGACGAAUAUCAUUGUCACUGCAAACGCCAUGUUAGGAGGUUCGGCAGUGCUGUCAGGAUUAACUAAAGACAUGGGGGUGGAGUACGCCACAAUGUUGAUGACAGCUGUAAUUGGGACGUAUACUAUGAUUGGAGGGCUGGGUGCCACGUUUUAUGUGUCAUUCUUCAACACGGCUAUGAUAUGUGUAAUGAUGCUGGUAUUUGUUAUUCGUGUCUAUGACGACCCGGAUAGUGAUGAUAACCCACUAGGUUCAGAGGAAAAGGUAUUUAAUUACAUUGCCUGUAGUGAGGGACCAGAAGGAAACAAAGACAACAGUUUUCUGACCCUAAUCUCGAAACCAGGGUUCAUGUUUGGAAUGAUCACAGUUGCAAGUGGAUUUGGAACUUCAUAUGUUGACCAGUCGUAUUGGCAAAGCAGUGUAGCCGCCAAACCCAGACAGGGUGUGUUUGGUUUUCUAGCUGGUGGACUCGUCUGGUUCUCUAUACCCUUUGCUCUAGCCACAACAAUGGGUCUGGCGUACAUCUCACUGAGCGCUCAUCAAAAUAAACCUUUGCUCGUCGAGGAGGAUGUCGACAUAGGUUUAGUAUUACCUGUGGUCGCCCAGAGAAUGUAUGGUCGUACUGGAGAGAUGAUGAUGAUCGUGAUGAUAGUGAUGGCGGUGGUGUCUACUGGAUCAGCCGAGGUCGUGGCUGUGACGUCAAUCAUCGUGUACGAUAUUCACCAACUUUAUCUCAAGCCCUACCGUCUGGUUCACGAUGCGAAUUCAUGUAUAUUAUGUGGAAGAGGGCGGGGUCGUAAAUCAAAUGUUCGAGAUAGAUGUACAUGUGAAAGUAUGACUGUGUGCUCGGACUGUGCACAUGAUAAUAGACAAAGAAGCCAGUCAAAACGUGCCCUUAAGCCACCAUACCAGUGUCGUACACAUGGGAGUUACAGGGAAUAUACGGACUACCUCACACAUUUAAAAAACUGGUGUCUUCUGUGGGUAACACUGGGAAUCAUUCCAUUAACAAUCAUCCUCUACAUUUUACGAAUAAACUUAUCACUCGUGCAUAUGUUUAUGGGCGUGACAAUAAACUCGGCAGUGAUACCGGUUGUACUAGCUAUGUUCUGGGAACGUCUUACUGGACUAAGCAUGAUUGCCGGAAGUAUAGGAGGGUCGGUACUCGGCUUGAUUUCCUGGCUCAGCGCAACAGCGUCAUAUCCUGGAGGACUUUCACAGUUCAGACAAAACUCUAUUCGAGAGGUACCAAGCGUGACUGGUAAUUGGAUAUCACUGCUCUCUGGUGGUAUGAUAGCCGUCUGCGUGAGUCUGUUGUCCGGUCGCAGCAAAGAAGGCCCGGAAGUCUGGGAGAAAACAAGAGAUAUAGACAGUCCUCUUAGUCCAUGGACAGAACUUUAUGAGAAGGAUUUAAAUAUUGCAGGCGCUUACAGACUUGACAACCGACCUUCACUAGAGGACGUACAUAAAGCAUUCAAGGGAGCUAAAUAUGUCGCGUCUGUCGGAUCAAUAUCUUUGUCAGUUCUGCUUGUAGUUAUCUGGCCUUGCAUUAUGAUAGGUGUAUCGGUGAUGUCAUAUGAAGCAUUCAACCAAUGGGUGACUGUAUCUAAAGUCUGGGCAUUUUUAGCUGCCAUCUUUAUAAUCAUAGCACCAUUAGCUAAUGAAAUAUGGGAUAUUUACAAAACUUUCUUCAGGAAUAACCGCAUGAAAACUUUCCCGGAAGAUUUACAUAACGAGAACGCGAACACUUCAAGUGUUUGUGAACCAACUGAUGAAGACGCGGGAAAAGGUGUCACAGGUGAUAAACGUACAGACGUCGAGGGCGUUCAUUUAUCAGCGUUCACACCUUUUAAGAGUCGUGAAAGUGACGCUGGAAUAAUCGGUCAAAACAUUCAAACAAAGAGUGACUAGGGUGGGGGGUAUGUUAAUAUUCAAACCUAUUCAUUUUGUUUAGAAACAAGAAAUGUACAAGUUGUGAAUCAUGUUUUAAUCAAUGUAUGUUUACUUGCGUUUGUAUAGUAUUCCCAGAUCUUGGUCAUGAAAUCAGUCUAAACUACAUAAGUACAACGCCAGAAGGUACAGGCACCACUCCAGAACUAGUGACGGAACAAACAUUGUGUUCUCUCUUUAUGAUUUGCUAUAAUAAUAUAUCAGAAAACUGUAUUUAAAAGUUGAGUUACUAAUGAAGAAACUCUUAGGAACAUGUAAUAAUGAUACAUACCAAUAAAGUGACAUUUUGCUGAUUUUGUCAUUGUCAAGUUUAGCUGAAUUGACUAUAUGCAUUUCAGAAGAUUCAAUGCUAUAUUUGUAAUCGACCAAAAGUUGAUACUAGUAUUUGAAAUGUUGUAGGAUGAGAUAUCAAU